GUUUUCCAUGUAUCUUCUAAAGUUAAUUUGUUUCUAUGAGUAGUCUCAUUCCAUUAGAUUGUUUUCUUGUGAACCUUUCUAUAAACAGGUUUAUAUAUAUAUAUAUGUACUAUAUUCUGUCAAUAUCUGAUGGUGCAUUUAAUGCUGUUUCGGUGAAUUUAAAAUUACCAUUAAUGUUACCGUGCUUCACUUGAAUAUGCAAAUGGAGUUCAUGGAAGAAGCAACAACACACAAGCGCUCUAGCAGUUUCCCAUUUCAUAACACAAUAAAGAGCCAUGUUGAUGCAAACAAGGAUCAAAUUUUCAACCCAAAAGUUCAACAUUCAUUAAAGCAAGAGAUUCUACAGCUUGAGGAACAAUUGCAGGACCAAUUUGUGGUUAGGCGUGUAUUAGAGAAGGCAUUAAGUCCUAGGCCUUUUACCUAUGAUGUUGCAGUUGAUGAGUUUCAUUCAAGUAAAUUCCAGGCUGCUAAAGAACUAAUCAAGGAUAUUGCAGUGUUAGAAUUGGAAAUAGCUUACUUAGAGAAGUAUCUCCUUUCAUUGUACCGUAAAAUGUUCGAUCGGCGAUUCUCGUGUUUAAACAUCACAGAGGAGAAUCCAGAAUCAACUUCGGUGGCACAUGAUAUUAAGGAAUGCAAUAAUGAUGUUCGGGGUACUGAGACAUUGUUAGAUUCCAGUAUUUAUCGGAGUCAUUCUUCGCUCUCUCGGCAAUCGGCGUAUGCCAUUGCUUCUCCACAAAAAACCGGUGUUUCCUAUCAUAUUCCCGAAACACCGAACUGGCUUUCCGAGGAGAUGAUCAAGACUGUUUCAAACAUAUAUUUCGAACUUGCAGACCCACCAUUGAAUAACCAUGAUUGCUUUUCUUCUCCUAUUUCAUAUCCAUCAUCAGUUAAUGAUACAUGGAGCACCCCACAAUGUUUCCAUGUUGAUAAUAACAGGGGACCUUACUGCAAAAUGGUUAAGGUUCAAGGGAUUUAUAGAGACAGCAACAAGUUACAGGACAUUGAACAUAAGUUGCAAUAUUACAGGUCACUUGUUUAUCAGCUUGAAGAAAUCGAUGUUAGAACGAUGAAACAUGAAGAAAAGCUAGCUUUCUGGAUUAAUGUACACAAUUCUCUGGUGAUGCAUGCAUAUUUGGUGUAUGGCAUUCCCAAAAACAGUACCAAGAGGUUCUCCUUAUUACUCAAGGCAGCAUAUAAUGUUGGGGGCUACACCAUAAGCAUAGAAACAAUACAGGGUUCUAUUCUGGGAUGUAAGUUGCAGAGACCAGGACAGUGGCUAUGGUUUUUGUUUGCUUUGAAGACUAAAUUUAAAGUUGGUGAUCCUCGAAGAAACUAUGCAAUUGAAUCCCCAGAACCCCUUCUUCAUUUUGCACUUUGUUUGGGGAGUUCUUCGGAUCCUGCGGUUCGAAUAUACACACCCAAGGAAGUGUUCCAGGAGCUAGAAGUUGCAAAAGAAGAGUACAUACAGGCAAAUUUUAGUGUCAACAAAGAAGAAAAAAUCGAGUUACCAAAGAUUAUGGACUAUUUUGCAAAAGAUUCAGAUGUUUGCUCAGCUGGUUUAUUGCAGAUGCUUCACCAAUUUAUGCCUCAGCCAUUGAAGAAGAACCUUCAGGUUCAGCUAUCUUGCAAUAGGAAAAAUGGGAAAUGCAUUGAGUGGAUCCCUCACAACUUUGCAUUCCAAUACUUAUUUUCAAAAGAAUUAUCUUACUGAUUCGGGAUUCGGGUCAAGUAGUAAGAAAUUCGAUAUAAAUGUUUUUUAGAAUACAAAUUAAUCCGAUAUGAGAAAUGAAAACUAUAAGCCAAUUUGCUACUUUUAUAAAACGUAAUUCGAUGGAGUAGUUUUUUCUAAUUCAUUUAAUAUCAACAAUAUACAAUUUAUUAGAACGUGAGAUGCUUUUUUA